AAAAAUGGUGAACGUGCCGAAAUUGCGACGCACCUUCUGCAAGAAGUGCAAGGUGCACAAGGCUCACAAAGUCACGCAGUACAAGAAAUCCAAGGAAAGGCACGCGUCCCAGGGUAGAAGGCGUUACGACCGUAAACAACAAGGUUUUGGUGGUCAGAUCAAACCUAUUUUCCGUAAAAAGGCUAAAACUACCAAGAAAAUUGUGCUUAGGAUGGAAUGCUCUGACUGCAAGUUCAGGAAACAGAUCCCUCUUAAGAGGUGCAAACAUUUUGAACUUGGAGGUGACAAGAAGCGCAAGGGACAAAUGAUUCAGUUCUAAGUUUGUUAAAUAGAUAAGAACAUCUUUGUAUUUAUAAAAAAUAAAUGCAAAAACAAUAA